AUGAAAAGAAAAAUAACUUCAACGGCCUCUGAUGCCCAACAUGGUGACAAGGAAGCAGAGGAACUUGCCCAUGAAGAAAUUCGAGGCUGGGAAGAUCUCCCAGAACCCAUCUUUCUCACAAUUCUGCUUCAAAUUCCCUUGAAGACAAUUCUCAUUUGCAGGUGCGUGUGCAAACCUUGGCGCAGGCGUAUCUCCAGUUCCCAAUUUGCCAAGUUGUACUCUAGAAAGGCACGUGCUUGUCUCAUGAUUCGAACCAAUGAUCCUAAACUUGUUUCAAGAAACAUCCACCUCCUUGAGCUUGAACAUGAAAAUUUCGAUUUGGGCCAUGACCUUCGUGUAAACAUGAAACUUGACACCAAAGUCAAGCUUCCACUACGUGAUGCCAAGAUGGUACUCAACAGCAAAGAUGAUGCCAGUGAGAAGCUUAAUCCUAAAGGGGGAGAAACAAAGAAGUGUUUUAUUGCCUCAAAAGACCUCAAAGACCACAAGUUUAGCAUAGUGAACAUGUGUGAAGGGUUGCUUUGCUUGUCUGAACCAAAACAAAAUAACCCUGUUGUUGUAUGCAAUCCAAUGACUGGAGAAUUUAUCAAACUUCCAGGAGCAAGCAAGGUUGAGAAACCUAGAGAGAAGAUUGAUUCUGUUAUGGGCUUUAGUCCAAGAGCUAAACAAUAUAAGGUGAUAAGAAUUUUAACUCGGCAGAUUUGUAAUCCCAUUAGAGGCAGGAAAGAGUAUGAAGAUAAGGUGGCUGAGAUACACACGCUUGGGACUAGAUCGUGGAGAAGGGUGGAAUCCGCUACCUUCAUGCUGUAUGGAAUAAAAUUUCCCACCUACCUGAACGGAGCAGUUAAUUGGUUUCGUCCUGAGUUUCGGAAGGCAGAUUCCAUUGUUUCUUUUGACGUUUAUAAUGAGCAAUUCCAAUUAAUGCCAGCUCCCCCAUAUACGUAUAACAGUCAUGAUGGGGAGGAUAAAGAUCUCAUAAGCAUGGGUGUUUUAAAUGAUCAUCUCUUCAUAUGUGAUGCUUCUGAGUUUGGCUGUAUUGGCAUAUGGGUGAUGAAGGAGUAUGGUGUCCCAGAAUCUUGGACUAAAGUGUUUUCUAUUGAUACUGAGAAUGAAGAACGAUGGCCUCAAGGUUUAUAUCAUCCAUUGAGAAAGUUUAAGAAUGGAGCAAUACUGAUGUACCAUGCUCGCAACUGCCUGCUUUAUUAUGAUCCAACAAGAAAAGAACACAAGUAUUUUAAGGUUCGUGGAAGUGAAUCAAACUUUGAGGUUGCUGUUUGUAUUCCAAGUUUCAGUUCGAUCAAGGAUGCUGUGAUGGGAGACAAUGUAGAGGUGCUGAAUGUCAAAUCAAGUAACGUUAUGGACAAGAGUUGGAUGACGAAGUCCAGGGGUACGAAGGAAUACAGAGACGGGUGUAGAUCGUUCGUGGACUUCGCAAUUCAGAACUGUACAACUCCAGAUAGAUUAAUUUAUUGUCCGUGUAAGACAUGUCGCCUUAACAGGCGACACCCGCCGGGUUUAGUAUACGACCACUUGACUGGAGGAAAAGGAAUGCGGCCCCAAUACAAAUACUGGAUUUAUCACGGCGAGAGGCCUGUACGAGCUCCUGUUGAAGGCUCUAAGUCGAAUCGCCCAACCACAGGUGCAGGUGCAUGCACAGAUCCAGGUGGCAAUAUCCACGUCAUGAGAGUGUGUGCAAAAUUCGAGCUACGAGAAGAAGUAAAACCUCUCUUUUUGGUGGAAGAAAUUAGUGAUCUGGGGUCGGAUUUUUACUCUUUGUCUGAGGAAAGCUGCUGAAUUUGUUCAAUGUUAGAUACUUGGAUGCUUUAGAACCUUAGAAUGACCAGUUUUUGGUCUGAGGUUGUUAUUUUGGGCACCUUUCCUUGUUUUGGGUCAUUACAAAAAGUUACCUCCUGAUGGUUUUUGUAUACUGCAUCCAAGGUUUGGCCAGUUGACUCUAAACAAACUCUUUUGUUAAUCAAUGACUUCUUU